UUAGUCUUGUAAGAGAUUUCGAGCCGAGCUGUUGUGAAAAUCCCGCUUCACGCAUCAAAUGUAAAAAAAGCAUUUAUAUUUGAAAAAUAAAAAAGAAAACAUUGUGGCAUCCUUCAGUGAGCAUCAACAGAAAGUUGAAGAAAAGUUUAGUUGUUAUUUUGUAAAGGCGCGUGUCAGUAGCAGAUGCUUUCAAUUGAAACGCAAUAAAGACAGUUGAAACGUAAUUAAAAAAAUUCAUUUAAAAAAACUAAAAAAUAUAUAAAAUUUCAAUAUAAAUAUAAAAUAAUUAAAAAAAAUUUGUAAAGCGAAAUGGAGAAAUCACCUACAACUCCAGUAAAUAGUGCAGCUCACAUUGAAAAGAUAAGCAAAUAUGUUGUUAAUACGGAAAAAAGUGGCGAUUUGACUGUAACAGUACAAGGGGACUUGUCGCAACAGGAAAAGCGUGCUGUUUUCUUAACUGUACAUGAUUUGGGAUGUAAUCAUAAUUCGUUCCAAGAGUUUGUUAGCAGUCCUUGCAUGACUGAAAUAAAGGAGCGUUCUUGUUUUAUUCAUAUAGACGUGCCAGGGCAUGGAGAUAAUGCUGAUCCACUUCUUGAUUCCUUCCAGUUUCCAUCGUUACAAAUGCUCGGUGAAGAUCUUGUUACAGUUUUGGACUUUUUGCACGUCAAAUAUGUUAUUGGGCUUGGUGAAGGUGCUGGUGCUAAUGUUUUGGCUAGAUUUGGUUUAGCACAUCCAAGCCGUGUGCUUGGUUUAAUACUUAUAAAUGCUACUGGUAGUGCUGCAACUGUACUACAAUCUUUUAAAAAUAAGUUCAUUUCUUGGAAGAAUGACGAAGUUGCACAAUCGGCUGAAAGCUUCUUAAUGUAUCAUAAAUUUGGACACGUUAUCGAGCAAUUAGUGGGUGAUAAUCCGGAUAAGGAAAAAAUUGUAACCGAGUUUCAAAAACGUUUGCGUAGCUCUUUGAACAGCAAAAAUGUUGGACUCUACGUAAAAGCCUUCAUGAAUCGAAAGGACUUAACGUUGAAGGGCUGCAAAGUCGAUGUUAUUUUAAUAACCGGUAUGCUUAGUCCAUACGCAUCUAUGGUUGAGAAGCUUCACCGUGAUGUAGAGAAGGAGAAAGUAACAAUGUUAAAGAUUGAAAGAGCUGGUGAUGUUUUGGCAGAUGCUCCCGGUAAAGUAGCACAAUCUAUUUUGCUUUUCUGCAAAGGUCAAGGCUUGCUAACAUCUGUUGUUAUGCCUGGAGUCGAUCGUGGUCGUGCUUACUCCACCAGUUCUGGCGGUUCUGGUGAUGGUACGAAUGGUACACGCAAACUAUCGAGGGGGAUUUCGAUGGAGGAUUACGAUAAACCCAACAUUCGUCGCUUAAGUAUUAUUAACAGUGAAACAGCUGUUAAGAAAUAAAAUAAUUAAAGCACCAAAUUUUUUUCAAAGCAACAAAUCAAAUA